AUGUCCAUGUACAAGACACCUACAGCAGCCAAGAAGCCGGAAUUGCCCCAUGGUGCACCAAAAGAGGAAGACUUUAUGGAGCCACGGCCAUUUGAAAAAGAGAAAAAGGAUAAAGUGCGAAAAAAUUUGUUGUCGGAUUUGGAGAAAGCUGACUCGAAGGCAGAGGUAGGAAUGGAAGAAGAGCCUGUAUACGAGGACAUGGCAACAAAGGGACCGUCGGAGGAUAGCGAUGUCGAGAACCAACUGAUAGACCCUGAGUCAUGGAAAGACGCGGCAAAACCAGAAGUGCAUGAGGAGGAAGGUGGCAUGAGACUCGAUGAUGCGUCAGCCGGGGAUGAUGAUGACGAUUCAGAAUCAGAUGAGGGUACGAUUGAGGGUGUUGCACAAGCCCUUCCAACGCCUACCUUGAUGGAGCAGAGAGGGCAGAAGGGGGGAAGUGAGAAGAUGGGGCCAGUAGCCUGCUUCAGCCUCUGCCUCCUCGGCUGCCUGAUCUUUAACCCCUCGAUGGCCGGGGUACAGGCUGUGUCCUGUCCCGGGUGCUGGCUGCCCUUCCAAGACAGCUGCUAUCGAUACAUCGCCCAAGAGAAAAACUGGAGAGAUGCUGAGGCUGAGUGCCAGCACCACUGGCCCGGGGCCCAUCUCGCCUCCAUUCACAGUGCUGAGGAAAAGAACAUGCUGGCCCAUUACGUCAAGCCGGACUCCACAAAGAAGAUUCACAUCUGGAUCGGACUCUCAGACACUCAGAAGGUGAGUGGUCAAGACUGGGGGUGGUCAGAUGAAUCCCCGUUAAGCUUCAGAGCUUGGGAUAAAGGACAACCUGAUAAUAGUUUAGGAAUCGACCACUGCACAGUGUUAUUUUACAAUACGGAUUAUCAGAAAUGGCACGAUGUUCACUGUGAAGAGAGAUACCCCUUCAUUUGUAAGCGCAAACCCUAG